GUCAUUAUUUGAAUAGGGAAUUUGGGGAGAGCUUGUUUACUAUCAACUUUAUACAGCUGCUACAUCUGCCGAUUUCAAAUAUUAGAAUAAAAAAUAUUGUGACAUUUUACGCGAUUCGGAAAGUGGUACUGUUGAUUAGGUAUUGUAAAAUAAAUCUUUACUUUUUCAGUACCUUUGCUUGUGUUUGUCAAGUGCAAAAACAAUGUGAAAAGUGGUUGUUAAAAUAAUAUUCUUAGUAACUUGUAUCCUUUUCGACAUUAAAACACCAAAUUAUUCGAGUUAGUUAAAUGAAAUUCAAAGUGAAUUAUUGUGAUGAAGUGUAAAAGUGUGUCUUUAAUCGAACAAUCAUAAAGGAUACAUUGGGAACAGAAAAUGCGGAUCAAGAUACAUAAAGAAUUUCGCCCGAAUGGGCCACCGCCUCGGCUGGGUGUGAAGGCCACCAGUCCUGGCGUCGACGAGGACUGCAACAGCAACCCCAGCCUGGCCGGCAGUCAGCACUCCACUCACGAUGAAGACGCACACUGCGACAAUUCGGGAUACUUGUGGUUCCUGGACUAUAAUCCGAUAUUUCGGGACAGUUCGUGCCACCACACCUCCGUGCUGUCCUCGGUGUCUGCAUCGUACAAGGGCAUAGGCGACCUCACAUCACACUACGAGUUCAGCUCGCGAUACAACGACAUAGCCCGCGACCUCGACGCGAACCUCGCUGAAGCGGACAUCGAGAGCUUCAAGACAGAAGACAUCCAUGCGCUGCUCAUGACUGCCAACCUGCCGCAUGACGUUAUCGAUCAUAGAGCUAAUGAUUGUAACCCUCGGGGCGAGAUGUUUGCCAGCAUCUCGAGUUCUAUCAUGGGAAAGUUUCGAUUCGACAGUUCUUUCAGUGACAACAGUAGUGUUCAGGGACAAGAAUCCGUCGGCUCGAUGAAUACCAUGUCGAUAUGCAAAUCGGAACUGCUAUUUUCACCUGUGAAGGAAGCAGCGCACGGUGUCCACUUCAGCGUUGAUAGUCUUGACUGCGAACUGCCAACAGAACAAGACCUUAUUCUUACGUGUCAAGCUAAUAAAGACAACUAUACGAUCGCCUUUGAGGGGAGCCUCACCAUUUACUCCGAGGACAGUGAGUGUGCUGAACUAACCGUGAAUCAAAAACAUGACAAACUGGCUAAAGACGAAACGCAUAUAAUAGAAUUAGAUAGUGAUGAAAGAACGCGCAGGAAUUUAGAAUUAUUAGAAAGAUGUAAGAAAUUAACAAAUAAAUUAACAACAUCUAUGGCUAAAAGUGAUUUUGCAUUAACCACUUGGAGUAAGCUUAAGAAUCAAAAUAGCCAAUCGCCGCUACAAAGGCAUCCGUCUGGAAAUAACAACGAGAACAGUAAUGAAUCCACUGAUGUUUCAAAUGAAAUGAACAAUUCUGUAAUCAAAAGUCAAAGUCUACCCAAUUUAUAUAGAAGAAAACUAAUGAGUAGUUCAAUAAAUUCGGCAGCGUUAAGCAACUCAACGGUCGAUUCCUUCACCGCAAAUCAAAGGUUAAAUCCUACAUGCUUGAAAGUAUACGAUGUUUCACAAAAUCGCUCUUCAACUGGAAGCCAGCACUCUGAACCUAUGAGCACGUCAACAGAUAACCAAACUUCAUCGGAUAAAAGUCAGUCAAAACAACAGUCGUUUAACCUAGUUAAACUUUUUAUGAAGCAAAAAAGUACAAGCAACGAAGGAAUAGUUGGAAUUGACCAACUAGAUCGAUCUGAAUGUUGGCCGUCUAGUUCUGGAGGUGAAAGUGGCGAAUCUCUUGGUGAAAAUAGAUUGGAGGAUUCGAAAACUUUCCUAAGCGAUCGACCCAAAGCUGAAUUACCGUUUGAAGCUAUCGAAGAAUCAUCGUCGUUGGUUUAUGAGGAAAUAAAAUCUGCAAACCCGAGCAGCAGAGUAUAUGAUGAAGUAUUAAUAGAAGAAGAAGAAUCAGACGGCGCUAAGUUGAGUGAUAGUGAAAACAACCUAUAUGCUGUAGUAAACAAGCCCCGAAUUAAGAGAACGAGUACAAAUAUGAUGAAUAGUCCGUCUAGGCUACGCCACAAUAGGAAGUCAUGCUCAUCACAUUCUUCAGCGACAAGUGUUAGUAUUUCAAGCUGUUCUGAAUCUGAUGGUACGCAAAUAACUAGAAUGAAUAAAUUUAUACACAGAGAACCUAGUGAUACAAAAUCUACCUCUACGCAUAUUGAAGUUAACACUGAAGACAAAAGUAUGCAAACGUCUAAUAUCCAAACAAGCAUUUCCCACGACUGCCGAGAAUUGCUGAAUAUUGUUGAACCUUCUUUUUUGAAAAAGUUAAAAGAAGGUGACUGUGAGAAGCCUGUGUUUGUUUUGUAUCCAAAUUACACCCUCCCAGAUAUCGGUUUUUUGAAUGGAAGGCCAAAUAUUUUCUUAAAUCCGUUAAAAGUUAACCUUUCUUCUAAAUCAACAGACAGUAAAAGGAAUCGCAAUCCAAUAAAGAGCAAAAGGCCGUUCUCUUGUAACGAUUUGGAGUUACUAAAGAAAAAAGGUUUGGGGCACAUCAGAGAUUGGGAUUCCCUUAAUUUCUUGCUACCUACUGAAUGCAAGCAGCUUUUGUCAGAAGUACCUGAACUUCGCCAACAUAUUAAAGAUAAAGAUGUUAAUUUAAAAUGUACGAGUAAAUAUUGCAAUAUGGCGCCAUCUCCUAAGUAUAGAAACAGGCCAAUGAGUUGUGAUUGUAACAAUUUGGCUGGAAAUACAACUGUUUCAUCAAGUUCAAGUACUGCAACUCAACCCUCGUCAGGCUAUCGUGGAUCGUCUACUAUGCUUACGGAUUCAUCGGCACAGAAUAGUCCUGCCCCGGCGGGCAACUUCAAUCCUUUAUUUGUAUAUCGUUACGAUAGUGCCACAAGCUCUGAAGCUAGCGUAGGACACGAUGGUACAAGAAAUAAUCCAAAUAUACAGAGACGAGGUGAUCAAAACCGGUUAGCCAAACAUGGUGAACUAGUUCCGCCCAGACCGCCGCUACCCAAAGGCAUAUUAAGAAAAUCUUUAGAUAAAACACGUAAAUGCAAUACACAAACUAAGCGUUACAGCAUGUUUGAAAUAGACGACCUCAUACAAGACCCUCUAGUUUGUGCUAACACUGCGGUAGAACAAAAAACCAAAAGGCGUUCUCUGCAAGAACCCUAUUAUCUACAAAACCAAAAUGUAGACUUCCGAAAAAAUAACGAUUUGGCCGCUAAACGGCUAUCUCAGCAAUUUCUGGAUGCAACAGAAAAGGAUAUAGAUUAUCAUGAAUAUUAUCAGGAUGAAGGCGUCGGUACAGAAAGUAGCCUCGAAUCAGGAAAAUCAAAUGAACUUAAAUAUCAUAGACCACAAACGCCUCCUCUUCCGAAGCCAAGGACAAAGAAAAUAGAGUACAUAGACUUUCCUCCCCCUGGAGCACUCAUAAGUAGCGCAGAUCUGCAACAGCUCGAAGAAUUCCUAAAACAAAGUGGUUUUAACUGUCAAAAUAUGGAUGAGUGGGAUCAAAAUCAAGUACAAAAGGUAAGAAGUCAGGUAACCAAGUUUCUCCAGAUGAAGCGUUCUCAAGAGGAGAAUCAGAAAUCGACAGAUUCUAACGCUAGUAGUUGUAAUAGCAAGAAGUCUGUGAGUUUUGCGCAAAAGCCGGAUACAAGGAUCGAGAGUCCUCCAAAUACCCAGACUAAAGCAAUGGAUGAACUCAAGGUAGUUAACCUUGCAACCCCACCUAAUUCGCCUAACAUUUCAGCUGUGGUAGCUCAAAGACAUUAUCAGGGUAAGAACUUGGCUGAGAUCCCUAUAUGUGAGGAAUCAGAAGUAAGCCCCGAUGAAUUUGGCAGUCCUUUGCGUCAAGAAACACGAACUAAGUAUGACAUAAUUGAUGUCUCGCAGAAAAGGGCUUUAGUAUCCAACGUAACGGAUGCAGUAGAAAUGUUGAUUCAGCAUUUCUCAAGAGCCACAGAUCAAGCUGAACUUGCAUUCCUUGGGGAUUCAAAGAAUUCGCCAGCGUGUGCCAAGAUUGCUCUCAACGCCUUAUGUCCAGCACUGUAUGCCAUAUUCAGAGACGGUCUCAGAGAAAGUAUUGAUACGUCUUUCGGCGCUGUUGAUAACUCAGUGUGGCAAAUGGUGGAAGCUACAGCAAGACAGGGGCCAAUCACAAAAUCACUCAACGAAUUAGUUUUAAGGAUAAAUAGUGAAGAUGCCGUCACUGAGGGGCUGGUCAAAUUCAACGCAUUCAUUCUAGGGCUAUUGAACUCGCAAUCCGUAGACGCCUGGGUGUCAUACGUGCGAACGCGCGAAUCUAUCCUAGCGAAGCACUACGACCCUGAUUCCCUGGUAUUGGCUGGUUGCGUCGGCGAACCGCGCUGCAGGGCUUUACUGGAUACCUUGUUGGCUAGCCUGGAACCGUUGCGGCUUCUACCCUUUACGUUAGACCUCAUGUUUGAGAUGCGCGAACUCCACAGAAGCUUCAAGAGGAUAGAGAGUGACAUGCGAGCUGCAAGUCGACCUUCUACAAUUAACGCCCCGCAACUAACCCUCAACCAACGGAAUUUGCUGAAGCUGGUACGGUCGAUGCAGUCGAGCGGUUUGAGUGACGACCCUCAGACAAGCGUAGUAAUGAGACAUAGAGAGCCUAAAAACAAAGAGCCAUCCACUCCCGAUCUGUUGAAUGAGACGGCGAAUGCAAAGACUGCAGUCGAAAAGAGUCGACCCAGAUCAUGCGUAAAUCCAUCGCCCGUAGGAUACGAUUUGUGUCCGAACAACAGUAGGAUCGAGUUAGAGAACAAUAGAAGAUGGUCGGGAGUUCAACUCGGAUCUAAAUUGAUGCAGGCAUUUGACCGUUUAGUUUUCGACGAUAGUGACGAUUAUUCUGAUAGCCUUGAGAACAAUAAACCCUCCUCCAAGGUGGCUGGCACGGUUACUGGCACAGACGCGAAGUGUAAUCAGCUGGAUACAAGUGGUGAAGAGCCAUGGAGACCAAGCUCAGCCAAUAGCUGUGCCAGUAACAAUACUGGCAACGGAAGCAACAACUCUGGUGGCAAGUUCAGGAAGCUUCAGCUGAAAUGGGAGAUGCUGAGCAACGCCGAGAGUCCUGUCACGCCAUCAGGUGAGACUUCCCCGGCUACUGCACGCUGCUCUAAGAUACCCAGACCCGUGUCGUCUCCGGUGCGUCCUCAGGCGCCCACCGUACCCUCACCAGCCAAGAACUCGCAUCGCGGUAUACCAGUGGCAGUGAAAAAGGCAUCUCCUACUUCUGGAAUACCUAAAUCUCAACCGAGGGCUGGUAGUAGCAAGAGACCGCCCCAGCCAGCGAAUAGAAAAACCCCAGAGAAGCCGGCAAGGAAAUCACUGGAAAAUACAAAUACCAAAAACAUAUCAAACGUUAAAAAUACCAGCAAUUCGAAACAAUCACCGACGUCUCGCGUAGACGGAUGCCGCGAGGCGGGAAGUCCGCGUCCGUCGUCGCUGCCGUACGCGCGGGCCCCGCCCCCCGCCGCACCCCGCCGCGCUGCUUCCUCGUCCGCGGCACGCGUCUCAAACGCACGCACCAACAAACACAAAUAUGUAAGAACCCUAUGGCACAGGCUGCCAUCUGACUCUGGUCACCUGGCCUUCAACGAGGGCGAGAGGCUGCGUCUUAUCCUCGAAGUCGACGAUCAGUAUCUGCUGUGCUGUCGAGGGGAUCAUAAAGGCUUAGUGCCCAGAGAUGCUGUGCUGCAAGAAGAUUUCUGAUAUUUGGGAGGGUAGCACCCCUGGCAGCCACAUUGGAGACCGUUGCGAUUGAAUCGAUAUUAACAUAAUUCAUAUUUUCUCUACACAUAUCAUUUGGCUUAACGUGUGUCUUUAUCGCUAGUGAUAAAACGUGUUUAAGCCAAAUCUGGUGUUUAGAUGAUCUGUGAAAUAUGUUAUGAAACGGUACUAUUAUCCAAGUUGAAAUGAAAUCGUCCUCCAUAUGCAAUAAUUAUAUAAUUGAAUUAAUUGUAAUAUAAUGAAAAUAUCUAAUUGAAAUAAAAAAAAAAAUAUGUUUAUUAUAAAUCCGUUGAGUUUCAUUGGAUAAAAGUCAGGCACGGUUCAAUGAUGGCUGCUAUUAAUACUGUGGUGUGGACUUAUAGACUGUCUUUUGAUUCGGGAACCUUUAGAAGUCGUACGUAAUUGGAGGUUAAUGUGAUCUUAGUGAGUAUUGUGAAGUGAAGUGAACAAUAACGUCGUUACCAUGCAUUAACAUCGUCUGUGUCCUGGGAUUACCGCGACUGCAUUUCGAAUCUUUAUUUUAUCUUUGUAACGACAUUUUAAUCAAUGACAAUUCACAUCUGACAUUGACAUUUGACAUUUAAGUUAACUUUUCGCGGCAAUCCCCGCACACAGAAUUGACGUCACGUAAUCGCACAUAUAGUUCUAUUGUAAAAUCUAGUCUUACGUUUAAGUCGACAUUGUAAAUAUUUUUCUAACUGUGGUAAUGUCCAUCUCUGAUGAGGUUUAAAAGCAUUUAGGUAUAUUAUAACAUUAAAGAUAGAUUUUUCCACAGUGAGACGUGAUUCUUUAGAGUAUGGAGACAAUCUCUGACAUCGGCUUCCAGAAAGACGUAUUGAUUAGUUGAAUUUGGUGUCUAAAUUAUUACAUGUUGUUAAUGAGAAGCGAAAAAGGGCCUUCGGAUAUAUAUUUUGGUUAUUUGCCACAGAUAAAGUUCAAGAGUCACUAAUCGCAUGCAGCCUAUCCACUACGCCUUCCUUACUCUGUGGUCUAAUAUGAAUCUUUGUCUAUGGUUGUGUGGGCUGUAACUGGUUCUAGUUACUAAUCAACCUCUCCAUAUUUCCGUUCCUUUAGCUCACAUUUAAGAACCAUCUUCACUGGGUUGGAUGUAACAUCUAUAAUAUUAAUAGCAUGCGCCUUUCCAAACAAUUAUUCCUAUUCAUCCAACAUUCACUGCAUAUUCCAUUACACGGCCAAGUAGCUGGAAUUCAACAUUAAUCAGAUUUCAGUUGUUGUAAUAUAGUCCUUAAUACUCGUAGGUACUAAAGGUAUUAUAAUCGUGAAUUGUUUAUAUAAUAAUUAUGAGGAUAAACAAGCUAACGUUGUCGUCGCUUGAUCCAUAUAAAAUAAUUAUACGUGAUAGACAAUCAUAUCACCGCUUUAUAAAUAAUAUUUUUGGUACGUUAUUGCUCAAGGGAAUGCUUAGAUAGAAAUUAAUACUCGUCUUAUCGAAUAUACUCGAAAUUCCAAUGUAAUGUAAAUAUUAUUGUAAUAAUUAGAGAAAAUCAAAAGGUCGAAAUUAACCUUUGAAGUGCACGAUACAGUUCCUCUUUUAGUAUUUCGUGCUAUCGAGUCAAAUUGGCGAAUAGUCGACUAGUGUCCUAGUGUACAGUAAAUAGGUACCUCUAUAUAUACUUUGGUAGCUUUUCUCCCAAAUAGCAUUAAUCUACUUUCUUAUCCUCUAAUGACUUACUUAUUUCCUUUGUACUUAGUCGUUUGAGAGAUUAGCGUAUAAGUUGAGCUGUGGUAUCUAUUUACUUAGUUACAAUACGUCUUUCUAUAGCCGAUUUCAAUAAUUUCUUGCCAACUACGUCCAAUCUUACGUCAGUUGACUGAAACAUCUUGUAUUAAGAAUUAAUCUUAAUACAUUCAUCAUAAUAAUAUAUACAUUAGAACCUGGGUUACUGGAACCUCAAGGGAGUCGUUUUAUUUUACAUUUUUAGUUUUUUGAGUUUAUGAGGAAUUCUAUUUACGUAGGUUCUUCUGUAUGUUUCUAGAAUAUCGAAAUUCAUCAUUGGUUUACGAUGAUUUACGAGGCGAUAUUGGCGACAUACUAAAGCUAACCGACUGUAAAAUUGAAUAGCAUAAUUUUAAGUUGUUGGAUGUAGUUAUCGUGCGAUGUUUGUAAGAUAUAUCUGCGAUUGUGACUGAAUGUAUGAUGUGGCCUUUGAAGUUAUUUUAAAUUAUAUUUUAGAGUGAGUGAGCUUGCAUUAGUUUAACAAGUAUGUAUAGUUGUUAUAUACCGCUAGUUAUCGCCUUAAAUUAUUUAUAUGCAGUGAUGACAUAUAACUUGCUUUUAUUGCUUCGUGUCGGUCGCUUCGCAAUAUAUUUACAUGUAAGUUUGUAUCGGUUUGUAUGGGAGGAAUGCUUGUGUGAACAAUUCCUGCGCGUUAUAUAAACGGAACUUAAGAAUGGUGGGGUCGACCCUGCGUACGAAACUUGUUGAAUUUUUUUUUGUUUUUUAUUUUACGAUUGGGAUCAAUAUUUUUUAUUAUGUUGAUAUUUUAUUUUUCUUAAGAAAAUCUAUAAAAUGAUAAAAAGAGGCUUUCGUUUCACCGCGAACGUCAACGAACGACUGAGAAAUAAUUCCGAAUAGUUUUAGUGACCAUUGAAUCACCCCGAAGACAUUCAUCAUCCAUUUGUAUACAUUUAUUGUUUAAAGAUAUUAUUGUGUUAAGUGCCAUAAUUUAAUAAAUUAACAUUUGAAUAAAUAUUAUGCAUAACCAUAUACAUCAAUUAAAAUAUAAUAUAUAAACAAAAA